AUGAACUUCGUCGCGGGCGUUGCCGGCGCGGCCGGGAGAGGGCAAGCGACAGCACGCUGCGCCACGACUCUCGCACCCGAACGCCUCCACGACCCGACAGCAAGGGAUGAAGUCUAUGGCCAGCCCCUCAACGUCGCAAAGUACUUAGUAGAUCUUCAUGAUGCCAAGGCACCUUUCGACUUCUGCGGCGGCAUGAUGUUCCAGCUGGUACUGUCAGACAAGCUUCGGGAUCACCUAGCACAGGUCGGGCAGGGUGAAGGCAAGCAGCCGGUCGUCUUCGAUUCGUUCAAGCCCAGAAUGUUCAUGACACCAGGCUACAAAAAGGAUGCUGCAGCCGACAAUGUUAACAUAUUCCAUGGCAGAGAGAUCCGGCAGGUGCCGCACGCAACUGGCGGCAUGGGUUUCGUCCUCCAUCUGAGCAUGGCGGAGGGGGAUCCUGAAGGUUGGACUCCGCAGGAGAUCCAGGAAUACGACGGUUGGGGCCAUGACAGCGGCCGCACUUGGAGAGGCGGCGAGAGGUGGGAGCAGGAGGGCUUCAAAAGCUUCCGGAAGAAAUUCGGAGAAAAGGCCUUCGGUCUCCACCACCGGUUUUACCUGCACUUUGACUUCAUGAACCGCUUGUGGCUGUCUGCUGAAGAUGGCUGUGAGGGACAUCCUGCCCGU